AUGGGUGCGCUUUCGUCAACUCCAUACGACAUACUUGGAGCAAAAAAAACUGAUAAUGAUUAUCAAUUACGUCUAGCAUAUCGUGCACGAAUCCAUGAAUAUAAAAAAGAUCGACUUCAAAACCCUACAAAUCGUAAUGUUGCCGCUGAAAAUUUUCGACUUAUUUGUCGAGCUUAUGAAACACUAUCUGAUCAUGAUAAACGUAAAAAAUAUGAUCAAGAUGAAGAAUGGAUAAGAAAUAUACCUUUAAAUGAAUAUACAUUACAACAAUUAGCUGCUGAACCUGAACUUGCAAAACAAUUCAAAAUUCGUUUACAAAAUGUAACAUUAAGAGAUAUAAAUGCACAAGAUUCACGAACAGGACAUACAGCACUCUAUUGUGCAGCACGUGCUUGCAAUGUAGAAGCUGUCAAUUAUUUAACAGAACAAGGGGCUGAACCUGAUCGAAAACAAUGGGGAGGAAGUACAGCUCUACAUGUAAGUGCUUUUUAUGGACAUCCAGAAAUAGUCCGUUGUUUAUUGGAAAGUGGUGCUGAUUAUCGAAUAAAAAAUCGUGGUAAAAGUACAGCCGAAGAUGAAUCUUCUGAUGCUGAUGUAAAACAAAUGUUUACUGAUUUGAAAACUACACCUUUUGUACAAGCAGCUGCAGAUCAACUUGAUUGGUUUAAAACUAAUAUUAGUAAUAUCACACAACAUAUUGAUGAACAAUAUCAUGUACAACGACAAACAUUACUUCAUUGUGCUAGUAAAAAAGGUUAUAUGGAUCUCGUUUGUUGGUUAGUCGAAAAACGUUCAGCCAAUUUAGAUAUUGUUGAUAUUAAUUCAAAUUCAGCUUUACAUCUUGUUGCUUAUGGUGGACAUGAAUCAGUUGUUGAAUAUCUUCUCAAUCGAGGUGCUAAUCCACUUUUACUAAAUAAAUGGUGUAUGACAGCUGAACAAGAAGGUUUUAUUCAUGAUAAAAAGAUUACAGAUCUAUUUCAAUCGAUGCGUGAACAAGACAUGUUUGAUAUGGCUGUUAAAGGUAUCGAUUGGUGGUUUGAAUACUAUUUUGGUGAUAAGUCACCAGAUACAGUUAAUGAUAAAGGUAUAAAUUUAUUGUAUCUUGCAUGUCGUUAUGGUCAAACAUUGGUUGCAAAAUGUCUUUUAGAAAAAGGAGCUAAUGUUAACAUAAGACUUUUAAAAGAAUCAGAAAGUACACCAUUACAUGGUGCUGUCUAUCAUGGACAUGUUUCAACAGUUGAUUUAUUAUUAAGUUAUGGAGCUGAUGUAAAUAUAAAAAACAAAUAUGGUUCGACUCCUAUUGAUGAUGCACGAACUGAUGAAAUGAGACAAAUCUUAAAACAAUAUCGAGCUAAUCUAGAUGGAAAUAAAUUUUUUUCUGUAUAUUUAUUUGGUGAUGGUGCACAGUCUGGUAAUGAACCAUUAGCAAAAUUACAAUUACAUUAUGAUGCUACAUAUAAUGAUCUUGUACAAGCAAUGCCUAACACAAUACGAGAUAAAUAUCCAAAUUUUUCUAUCGCUCGACGUCCAUUAAAUUUUGAGGAAGAUAAUACAACAGUUCUAUCAGCUGUAUGUCGUGCUCGAUAUGGAAAAACAAAAUUUGUCCAAUUACCACUAUGUAUAACAGCACAUGAAAGAGCACGCUAUACACAUAGUGGUCAUGUUCUUAGUAAAAAACUUCCUAAUCAUCCUAUGCGUAGUGUUGAUAGUAAAUUUCGCGCAAAAUGUCAAAGUUCAUCAAUAGAAAUCCGUGGUCAAUUGAAUGAAAAUCAAAAAUUUACAUUUGAAGAUUUAUCAUUUACUUUUCCAAAUAAUUGUACUAAUGAAAAUCUUUCAAUUAAUAUUGAUUAUAUAAUAUCACCAGAAUUUGAUUUAUUCAGUUUACCAGAAUGUAUUUGUCUUUUUAAAACUCAAUAUCAUGGUAAAAACGCUAAAUUAAAUGAUAUGCCAAUAGUAUCAUUUAAUGGUGAACCAAAUGCUCGACUAUAUAAUUGGGUACCAUCAUCGUCUUAUUGGUAUUCUUAUAGAACACGACAAACACGUUUAGUUUCAAUUGGUGAAACACAUGCUUUUGUUCGUCAUAUUGAUAUUAUUCCUUCUCUAUUAAGUCUUCCACCAGAUAUGUUUAUUCAAGCUGCUUUUGGAAAACUAUUUGAAGAUCGUAAUGAACCUGUUUAUUGUCGAUGUUUAAAAAUUCGCGAACAUAAUAAAGAAGACUUUCCUCAUAUUGCUUAUCAUGGAACAAAUGUAAAAGCUAUAGAAUCAAUUCUUAUGGAUGGACUUGUUAUGCCAAGUACUGUAGUCUCUUGUGGAUUACGUAUUUCUCCACCAAACAAUCAUAUUGCACGACAAAAAACAGCUUUUGGUAUUGUUGAUUUUUCAAAUGGAAUAUUUGUAACACCAAGUAUACAUUAUUGUUCAGAUCCAGCAUAUGCAGUCACAUUUGCACAUAAUGAUGAAUGUCUUAUAUCUGUACUGGAAUGUAGUCUAAAAGAUGGUUCAUUCAAGAGUUUUAAAAGUACUGUUCCGUCUUAUGUUGCUCAUGAAGGUGAUGAUAUUAAUGCAAUCGAAUGGCGUCUGACAAAUCCAGCAGAUAUUGAAAUCAUAUCUGUACUUUUUAUUCCUGUGAUAAUAUCAAAAACUGAAGCAGCGAAUUCGAGAGCUAAGAAACUUGGUGCUGAUCCAAAGUGUUAA